UACAAGCAGAAAAGAGAGAGAAAUUUUAACCGAGUAAUAUGAAUACGAGAAACACCAACGAAGGAGGAGGAGUAGAAUAUCAGCAGCAGCAGCAGCAGCAGAAGAAGAGGAAGGAGGAGGAGACCCCGUUGAUGGCGUUGAACCAUGUCUCGAGGCUGUGCAGGUCGGUGGACAAGUCGAGGGACUUCUACAAGGGCAUGCUCGGGUUCGUGGAGAUGGAGCGGCCCGAUUCGUUGGACUUCAAUGGGGCAUGGCUGUUCAACUACGGCGUCGGGGUCCACCUUGUGCAAGCCCGGGACGAAGACCGACUGCCUCCUCUUGAUGAGGCCAGUCAACUCGAUCCCAUGGACAACCAUAUCUCCUUUCAGUGCGAAGACAUGGAAGCGAUCGAGCGGAAGCUGAUGGACCGUAACAUCAAGUACAUGAAGACGACCCUCGGAGACGAUUCCCAGUCCAAGAUCGAUCAGCUCUUCUUCACCGACCCCGAUGGUUUCAUGAUCGAGAUCUGCAACUGCGAGAACCUCAGGCUCAUUCCUCAAGGCUCCCUGGGUAAGAUCAAGCUCCCAUCCAAUCAACACAAUCCACCCGUCGAGCUCGGGAAGAAAGAUGAUGCACGAUUUUAAUCGAUUUCAUUAUUGCUCAUAGGAGAAGUGAUAGGUGGGGAUGACAGGAUUUAGUAAUGCCGACUGACGUAUACCACGGCAAAAGCCUCGAGCAGGUAGAAAUAUAUAGUCACUAGUCUCCCUACUCAUUUCAGUUAUGGAACUCACGUGUUAGGAGCUGAAUCGGAACUUAGUUGUUGUAUUGUUCUUGAGUUGUUAGCAUUUAGGUCUUUUAGGCCAUAAUGGCCAUAUCGACGUAUUAAGAGGGGAAUGUCUCACGUAUCUCUUGUGGUUCAAGGGGAUAUCUUACUAUUGUUGUGAUGGUGCCUCUCGUGUUUGAGGUAAAUGACGAGAAAUUGAGAAGGCAGGUAUCAUAAACAGUACUUGCUCUUGAUUUGGAAUUCAAUGAGAGAUUAAGUUCAA